AUGAAAUAUUCUGGAAAUGAUGACGAGUAAUUAUGUGAUUUUAUCACUUUAAUAGUUAAGAGGAUUCAGAUGACUAAUAGAAAACAAGUAUUUCUCAAUAUUAAGCUAAUAAAUUGAAACAAUAAGCAAAAGAAAUGCAUGAUAUGUUGUGUUAAUUGUAAGAAAACUUUGAAAAUGAAGAAUGUGACAAAUACUAUAUUUUGAGUAAAAAGUAUUUAAAUGAAUUUGAUUACUUAGUUGGUUUGAAUAGUGGAAAUAGUUUGUAUCAUAUGAUUAAGUUAUAAAUGGUCAACCACCUGACAAGAAAUUUGGAUAAACAAUGUUGCAAAAUUAUAAUUAUGAUUUACUAGAGCGCAUAAAUGAAUGUUUUAAAUUUUAUCCUCUUAACUCUAAUCCAUGGAAUAUAUGGUUGAAACCUGAUUUAAAAGAGGGAAUUAAUUAUAUAGUGAUUUCAUAAUAAAUUUAGAGUUAUCUGAAUUAAAAUUAUAGAGGUCUUUAGAUUGUACGAAAUUCUGUGGGAUAAGGCAAAAAUAAAAAGGUGGUUGUGAAUUUGCUUAAAGUAUAUAUCAUUUGAUUUUAAAAAGUUCAAUGCCACAUUGAUUUUACCUAAUACGAUUAUUUAAAUUGCAUAAGAUAAUUUAACACAAAUUGAUAAAGAAUAUUUAUAAGCAGAUGAAAGUUGUGUAAUGAAAGAUCUUUAUUCAAUAAUAUAAAAAACUGUACCUACUUUUAGGGGUAAUUACAAUAAUCAGAAUGGUGUUAGAAUAUGGAGAUACAAAAAUUAAAAUGAUCCUCAUAAGGCAUUAUUUGCAGAAAUCAAAAAAUAAGUUUAAGAUCUUGAUUUUAAUGAUGAUUAAGUAUUUGAUUUUUCAGGAGAUCCUAUUGAGAAUUCACCAGAUAUUACAUUAUAAUCAUUGAAUCUAACUGAUAAUGAUCUUAUUGUAAUUGAAGUAUUAUAUUUAUCUUAUAAAUAAGUUUUAACAAUGUUAUAAACCAUGGUGUAUUAGACAUCCUUCUGUUCCAGUAGAAGGUAAAUGUGAAGGUUGUGGUUCAAUAAGUGAAUUACAUUUUCAUUGUAUAUGCAAAAAAGUAUCAUAUUGUUCAGAAAAAUGUAAAGUAACUGAUGAAAAAUUUCAUCUUCCAAAAUGUGAUCCUUGUGGUUCUGAUGAUGAAUAAGUAAAAUAGAUUACUAUUAAUGAUAAAUCUAUAAAAGGAAUAGCUGGAUUAGCUAAUCUAGGAAAUACAUGUUUUAUGAAUAGUGGUACAUAAUGUUUAUCAAAUACAUAUUAAUUAUCAGAAUAUUUUAUUACAAAUAAAUAUUUUGAUGAAAUUAAUGAAGAUAAUCCUUUAGGAACAAAAGGAUAAUUAGUCAGAAAAUAUGCAUCACUUAUUAAGAAAUUAUGGUGUGGUGAUAAAAAUGUUGUAAUACCAACAAGUUUCAAAAAAGCAGUUGGAUAAUUUUAACCAAUGUUUAAAGGAUUUUAAUAACAUGAUUCUUCUGAAUUAAUUACAUUUCUAUUAGAUGGAUUACAUGAAGAUCUUAAUAGAGUAAAAAAGAAACCUUAUGUUGAAUCAAAAGAUAAUUAAGGAAAACCAGAUUUUGAAGUAGCAAAAGAAAGUUGGGAGAAUCAUCUUGUUAGAAAUCAAUCAAUUAUUGUAGAUUUAAUGCAUGGAUAAUAUAAAUCAACUCUUAAAUGUCCUACUUGUUCUUAAAUAUCUAUUACUUUUGAUCCAUUUCUAACUUGUGGACUUAGUAUACCAAGUAAAAAAUAAAAGUCCAUUUAAAUCAAGGUUAUCAAAUCAAUAGUUUCAAUUGAAACUAAAUAUAUAAAUUUUGAAGGAUCUAAAAAAACUAUGCCAUUACAUGAAUUUACUAAGGAAUAUAUUAUUCCUGAAUUCAAAAUUGAUUAAAAUGCAGAAUUAAUAUUUUAUACAUCUUAUUCCAAUGAAAUUCAAGAUCUAAUUGAUUCAAAAUCUGAAAUUAAUUCAGUAAGAAAGAAUUCAAAAAGAGGAUAUCUAAUUGUUAAACCUAUAAGUGAAGAGGAGAAAGCAAUACCUUUAGAUGAUAGAAUCUAUUUGAGUUAUUCCUAGAAAGCCUUAGAUGGAUUUGGUUAAUAAUAUAAAAGAACUAUUCUUUAAUAAUUCUAUGUAAUCAUUUAAAAAGAGUAUACUCUUAAAUAAAUACAUCUUGCUAUUUUUAAAGCUUUACUUCCUAUAUUUUGUGAUGUUGUUUCAAUAAAUGAUUUGUAAACUCCAGAAAAAUUGCAAUAAUAUUAUGAAGAGAAUAUAUACUAAAAAGUAUUAAUAAUUAUAUAGAAUUUAGUAUUAUAAUGUACAAUUCAGAUCUCAAAGUACUUAUUGGUCAUCCUGCAGUUAUUGUAAUUAGAAGAAUUGUCCUGAUUGUAAUGCAGAUUAUUUAGAUGAUACAUAUCAAAAAAUAAAAACAAAAGCAUAAGAGAAUGAUUAACAUACUAAGAUAGAGUUAAUUGUAUUUUGGAAUUAAAGUCCUUUUUAAAAUGUUAAACCUACUGACAUCUACUAAUAUUAUUAGAAUUAAUAAUAUAAAAAAUAAAUGGAAGGUAAUGAUUAAUAUAAUAAUUAUUUAGAAGAAAGAAAUACUAUGAAUAAUGAUGAAAAUAAUAAUUUAAAUAAGACAAGAAAUAUGGGAAAAGUUACUAAUUUUUCUAAUAAUAAUUCAAUUUAAAAAGUAACAUUAUAGGAAUGUUUAAAAUAAUCAGAAUAACCAGAAUAAUUGGCUGAAGAUAAUGCAUGGUAUUGCAAAGUUUGCAAAGAACAUGUAUAAGCUUUUAAGAGUAUGUAAAUUUAUAAGGUAUUUAUAUUAAUAUUACAAUUAGGCAUCUGAUAUUUUAAUAUUCACAUUAAAGAGAUUUAAAGCAUCAAGUGGAUAUUUUAAAUAGAAACUUGAGACUUUUGUUGAUUUUCCUGUAAGAGGUUUAGAUCUAACAGAAUUCAUUUUGAAUAAGAAUAGACCAUUGGAUUAUGAGAAAGAAUAACAAUCAAAGGAAAAAAUAGAAGAAGAAUUUCCAGAAUAAAGAGAGGACGAUAAGAAAUUAAUAUAUGAUUUAUUUGCAGUAUCAAAUCAUUUUGGAGGCAUGGGAGGAGGACAUUAUACUGCUUUUGGAUAGAACCAUGUACUUUAACUGUUUAGUGUUAGUUGAAUGGAAAAUGGUACAGCUUUGAUGACGCUCAAGUUACUGAGGUAGAUGAAGAUUAAAUUAUAACGAAGAGUGCAUAUGUGUUAUUUUACAAGCGUAGAUCACAAGUGGAAGUCACACAAGAUUUCAAUAUCUAAGAUUGA